AUGGAGGACCACCAUUGCAGAGACUCUCUCUUCCCAACCUCCACCCUCAUUCCUGUCACCACCAUUUGCAUCCUGCUCUUCAUCAUCGGGAUAACCGGCAACACCAUGACCAUCCUCAUUAUCAACCGCUUCAAGGACAUGAAGACCACCACCAACCUGUAUCUCUCCAGCAUGGCCAUCUCAGACCUGGUCAUCUUCCUCAGCCUCCCCUUCGACCUCUACCGCCUCUGGAAGUACGUACCCUGGGUCUUUGGGGAGCUGGUGUGCCGUCUAUCACACUACAUCAAUGAAGGAUGCACCAACGCCACCAUUCUUCACAUCACAGUGCUCAGCAUGGAGCGUUACCUGGCCAUCUGCUUCCCUUUCAAAGCCAAGGCUGCCAUCACCAAGAGAAGGGUCAAGUAUGUCAUUCUGGCUCUGUGGGGCUUCGCCCUUCUGUCUGCUGCACCAGUGUUCUUCCUGAUGGGCGUGGAGUACGAGAACGAGACGAUGCCUGACCCGGCCACUCGGCAGUGCAAGCACACACGCUAUGCCAUCGAAUCGGGGCUGCUGCACACCACUAUCUGGGUGUCGACCGCCUACUUCUUCUGCCCCAUGUUUUGCCUGCUCUUUCUGUAUGGAUCCAUCGGUCGAAAGUUGUGGAAGAGUCGUCAUGAGCUUCAUGGGCCCAAUGCAGCAGCCAGACAGAAGGUUAACAGGCAAACCGUCAAGAUUCUGGCUGUUGUUGUGUUGGUCUUUGCCAUCUGCUGGCUGCCUUACCACAUCGGUCGGUUCCUCUUCACACACGUGGAUGACUACCACACCGCCCGCCUCAGUCAGAACUUCAACGUGGCCUCCAUGGUGCUCUUCUACCUGAGUGCCUCAAUUAACCCCGUCCUCUACAACGUCAUGUCCAACAAGUACCGCUCUGCCGUCAAACGCCUCUUCCUGUUGCCCCACAGGCGCCAACACGGACCCAACCGGAGACAUAUCUCGACCCGUGAUGACAUUACCAUGUGCACAGAGAUGUUCAAUGGGGUGAAAGAGACCAUGAUGACAGAGGAGGGCUUACGGUAACAUCAUCCUGGCUGAAGAGGAGCACAGGA